AUGAGAACUAACAGAGGUUUGGCUCAUGUCCUGAAGUUUUCUGUUUUUUUUUCCUCCGCUGCCUCUUUCUUUUAAAGCUGCGUUGCCUCCGCAGAUUGUACCUCUCGGCUAAAGCCACCGGACACGCUGCUGGUGUGGAGUGAAAGACGCUCAUCUGUUCGCUUUGGAAAGGUCACAAGAGUUAUCUCACCUCCACCAUGACUGAUCGCUUCGACUGCUACUACUGCAGGGACAAACUGCACGGGAAGAAAUAUGUGAAGAAGGACGAGAAGCACGUGUGCACCAAGUGCUUCGAUAAGCUCUGCGCCAACACCUGUGCAGAGUGCAGACGCCCCAUUGGUGCAGACUCCAAGGAGCUGCACCAUAAGAACCGCCACUGGCAUGAGGAUUGUUUCCGCUGUGCCAAGUGCUACAAGCCGCUGGCCAGCGAGCCGUUCAACGCCCGGGAUGAUGGCAAGAUAAUGUGCGGCAAGUGUGGCUCCCGGGAGGAUGGCAACCGGUGCCAGGCCUGCUACAAGGUGGUCAUGCCAGGCUCCCAGAACGUGGAGUACAAGAACAAGGUGUGGCACGAGGAAUGCUUCACCUGCUUUGAAUGCAAGCAGCCGAUCCGCACACAGAGCUUCCUGACCAAGGGUGAUGACAUCUACUGCGCUCCCUGCCAUGACAGGAAGUUUGCCAAGAAGUGCUUCCACUGCAAGCAGCCCAUCUCCUCUGGAGGGAUCAGCUACCAGGACCAGCCCUGGCACUCCGAGUGUUUUGUGUGCCACACCUGCCGUAAAACUCUGGCGGGGGCUCGCUUCACUUCCCACGAGAACAAUGUUUACUGCGUGGACUGCUUCAAGACUGAUGUGGCCAAGAAGUGCCACGGAUGCAAGAACCCAAUCACAGGGUUCGGCCAUGGCACCAACGUGGUGAACUACGAGGGAUUCUCCUGGCACGAGUAUUGCUUCAACUGCAAGAAGUGCUGCCUCUCGCUGGCCAACAAGCGCUUCGUCAUCAAUGGGGAUCACAUCCACUGCCCUGACUGUGCUAAGAAGGUGUGAGCUGCACAAUCAGCUGUGCAGAGGAGCGCUGUUUAAAGGGGAAUUGCACCAAAACUGACAUUUAGAUAAUGGCAAAAGAACAUGCUUUUCUUGGUGAUGGGAAACGACAGAAAUGUUAUUCUGUUUAGUCAAUUUUGGUGAAACUUCUUCUUUAUGAUGUUGAGACUAUAGAGGUUAUUUCAACUAAAUAUGCACUAGCUUGAAUCAUUUAUCUACAUAUACAUUAUUUCAACCUGUUUCAGUGUUGGAUACUAACAUGGCAAAAAUAAUUUCUUUUGUGGGAUUGUGAUGUGCACUAUUAGUCUAAUCCAGGAUUCUGUGCCGCUUUACGAGACAAAAGCUUUUUCAGUGCCUUACUGGAACCUUUCAGACAGAAUAAUAUGCUUUCUUACAUGCAUAAUGCUGCUCAUACAUACCGGCUUUGAUUAAUAACUCACAUUUAUGUUCGGACGGAUGAUCAGUAUUUUGGAAAAUGUUUAGCGACGUUAAAACGACGUCUUUGAGAUUGAUGCUGAAACAUAAAACUGCUCGUGUAUUCAAGACUUUGAGUGACGUUACAUGUAAAACAAGAAUAAAAAGGAG